CCUGGCUCCCAGCCUCUCUUCCAUGUCCCUCCCUACAAGGGAAGUACUGCUAUGCUAGGGACCACAGCAGUCCACCACACACAUCUUGCAACAUCUGUGGGCUUGAAACUGUGCUGGUUGGUCCAGACUCACAGUUCCAGCCUUCUGCCGUUAGCCUAGUUUGCUCUUCCAAGAACAACACAUCACACCACCUCUGGAAUUCUUCUUCCUUCAUGGAGCCCUGGGACUGUGCCUUCCCACAUCAUAGGAAGCUGCCUUAUACCAGGAUCUGGGGCUAAACUUUCCUGACAGCCACCCGUCCUUCCCUGAGGAGCCCCCCAGGCGCCCCUCCCCACCCCACUUGGCAUGAUGAUGUGCGAAGUGAUGCCAACUAUCAAUGAAGACAACCGCCGCGGCUCGGCCUAUGGGGCCGAUGAUGCCAACUUUGAGCAGCUCAUGGUCAACAUGCUGAAUGAGCGCGAGCGGCUGCUGGAGACUCUGCGCGAUACGCAGGAAAGCCUGGCCACCUCUCAGCUCCGCUUGCGCGAACUGGGCCACGAGAAGGAGUCCUUGCAGCGCCAGCUGAACAUUGCCCUCCCACAGGAAUUUGCAGCGCUUACUAAGGAGUUGAACUUAUGCCGGGAACAACUGUCAGAGCGAGAGGAGGAGAUCUCAGAGCUGAAGGCAGAACGUAACAACACACGGCUGCUGCUAGAACACCUGGAAUGCCUCGUAUCGCGACAUGAACGCUCCCUCCGCAUGACGGUGGUAAAGCGUCAGGCCCAGUCCCCAGCUGGUGUCUCCAGCGAGGUGGAGGUGCUGAAGGCCCUCAAGUCUCUCUUUGAACAUCACAAGGCACUGGACGAGAAGGUUCGAGAACGGCUGCGAGUAGCACUGGAGCGAGUUGCAGUAUUGGAGGAAGAACUGGAAGUGUCCAAUCAGGAGUCUCUCUCCCUUCGAGAGCAGCUUGCCCGACGCCGAUCUGGCCUGGACGACCCCAGCAAAGAGGGAGACACCCAGAUUUGUGCCAAUGGAUCAGUCUCCCUUGAGCUGGGGCGUGGCGGGCGGGAAUCUGAACUAGAGGAGGUUCUGGAGCGCCAGCGAGCUGAGCUCUCUCAGCUGAAGGAGCGACUCACCAUGCUCUGUCGGCAGAUGGCAGAGCUCGAGGAAGAGCUGGCCACGGCCCAGCGGGACCUCAUCAAGUCUGAAGAGAUCAACGCCAAGCUGCAACGGGACCUCAAGGAGGCACUAGCCCAGCGGGAGGACAUGGAGGAGCGGAUAACUACUCUGGAGAAACGCUACCUGAGUGCUCAGAGGGAGGCAACCUCUCUUCAUGAUGUCAAUGACAAGCUGGAGAAUGAGCUGGCCAGUAAGGAAUCCCUGUACAGACAAAGUGAAGAAAAGAACAGGCAGCUGCAAGACUGGCUGGAAGAUGCCAAGCAGAAGCUUCAGCAGACCCUUCAGAAGGCCGAGACCUUACCUGAGAUAGAAGCUCAGUUGGCCCAGCGAGUGGCAGCCCUCAACAAGGCAGAGGAGCGCCAUGGGAAUUUUGAGGAGCGCUUACGUCAACUUGAGGGUCAGCUGGAGGAGAAAAACCAGGAACUGCAACGGGCACGUCAAAGGGAGAAAAUGAAUGAUGAACACAACAAGCGCCUAUCGGAAACUGUAGACAAGCUGCUGUCUGAAUCCAACGAGCGUCUGCAGUUGCACCUCAAGGAACGAAUGGGGGCCCUGGAGGAGAAGAACACACUGAGUGAGGAAAUUGCCAACAUGAAGAAGGUUCAGGACGAGCUACUGGCAAACAAGGAGCAGCUGCUAGCUGAAAUUGAGAGGAUGCAGAUGGAGAUAGACCAGUUACGUGGGCGCCCAGUCUCUACCUACUCCCGGUCUCUGCCGGGCAGCGCGCUGGAGCUGCGUUACUCCCAGGCGCCCAUGCUGCCGGUAGGGGCCCACGUGGACCAUUACAGCAGUGCUGGUGUGGCAAGACGUUCAAAGAAGGGCCGCUGGACUGUCAAGGAUGAGGCCACCAAGCAGGCGCUACUCUCUCAGGAGUGGGAACGGGCCCAGCAGGCAGCUGGAGGCUCUUUUGAGGGCAGCUUAGACGGUUCAGAUGAAGAUGAGCGGGAUCCCCUGUUCAGCUCUGCCGACCUGCUCUCCCCCAGUGGGCAGGCUGAUGUGCAAACCCUGGCCAUUAUGCUACAGGAACAGCUGGAAGCCAUCAACAAAGAAAUUAAACUGAUCCAGGAGGAAAAAGAAUCCACAGAACAGCGGGCGGAGGAAAUCGAGAGCCGGGUGACCAGUGCCAGCUUGGAUGGAUCCCUGGGCCGCUACCGCUCAGGCGCUUCCAUUCCUCCCUCAGUCACCAGCUCUACUCUGGCCAGCCCUUCUCCUCCCAGCAGUGGCCAUUCCACUCCCCGCUUGGCACCCCACAGCCCUGCUCGUGAAGGAGAAAAAAUGCAGAACCACAUUGCCAAGGAAGAAGGGCGAGGGUCCGAGGAGAAGGCCCUGGCCCUGUGCGAGCCCCCAGCUCCCUCUACCCCCCGCACGAUGCGUCUCGAGCGCAUGACCCAAGCUUUAGCUCUGCAGGCUGGAACCCUGGAAGAUGGGAGAGACCUGAGGACUAGCCUGGGAGCCGAUGGCACCAACAGCAGUCAGGACUCCUUGCACAAAUCCACCAAGAAGAAGAGCAUCAAAUCCUCCAUUGGACGCCUCUUUGGCAAGAAAGAGAAAGCGAGGCUGGGACAGUUGGGCCGUGAGUCCCCCUCACUUGCUGGGACACCAUCAGAUGAGAUGUCGCCUGCAGAUCCCCUGGGCCUUUCUAAGCUGUCGGGACCUGUGGACAAGGACCGUAGGAACAAAAAGAAGCAUGAGCUGCUAGAAGAAGCUUGCCGGCAAGGCUUGCCUUUCGCUGCCUGGGAUGGGCCCACUGUUGUCUCAUGGCUGGAGCUGUGGGUUGGCAUGCCAGCCUGGUACGUGGCUGCCUGCCGUGCCAAUGUCAAGAGUGGUGCCAUUAUGGCCAACCUGUCGGACACAGAAAUCCAGCGGGAAAUUGGCAUCAGCAACCCCUUGCACCGGCUCAAGCUGCGCCUCGCCAUUCAGGAGAUGGUGUCCCUUACCAGUCCCUCAGCCCCCGCCACUUCCCGCACAUCUACUGGGAAUGUGUGGAUGACGCACGAAGAGAUGGAAUCUCUCACUGCCACAACAAAGCCAAUCCUGGCAUACGGUGACAUGAACCAUGAGUGGGUGGGAAAUGAUUGGCUGCCCAGUUUGGGCUUGCCCCAAUACCGCAGCUAUUUCAUGGAGUCGCUAGUUGAUGCCCGAAUGUUGGACCACCUCAACAAGAAGGAACUGCGGGGUCAACUCAAGAUGGUUGACAGCUUCCACAGGGUGAGCCUCCAUUAUGGGAUCAUGUGCCUGAAGCGUCUUAACUACGACCGGAAGGAACUGGAGAGAAGGCGGGAAGAGAGCCAGAACCAAAUCAAAGAUGUGAUGGUAUGGUCCAAUGAGCGCGUGAUGUGCUGGGUGCAAAUGAUUGGGCUGAAAGAGUUUGCCAACAACCUGAUUGAAAGUGGGGUGCAUGGGGCCCUCCUUGCCCUGGAUGACACCUUUGAUUGCAACGAUUUGGCCCUGCUGCUGCAAAUCCCUACCCAGAACACACAGGCGCGGCAGAUGUUGGAAAAAGAAUUUGGAAACCUCAUCACUAUGGGAACAGACCGGCGGCUAGAUGAGGACAGUGCCAAGACCUUCAGCCGUUCCCCAUCGUGGCGGAAGAUGUUCCGGGAGAAGGACCUCCGCGGUGUCAGCCCCGACUCGGCCGAGAUGCUGCCAGCCAAUUUCCGCACAGCCUCCGUGGCCUCCAUUACCUCACCCGGGGUGCAGCUUCGUAAGAUGCAGCCAGAGGGGAACUCAUUAGGUAGCCAACGGGCAGACAGUAUGUCAGUGCGAACGUACUCCUGUUAAUGCCAAGAUGACCAAGAUGCUGUCCUGAGUGCAUCUGGUCACCCUACCUUGGACAGGAGGAACUCCCCGCUGAUGCUCCUUCCUCAUCAUGCGCUCCAGUCCAGACUGGGAGGAGCUGCUGCUGCUGCCACUGUUGUUAAAAAGGAGAAUAUGAGGCCACUUGGGGAUAUGAGAGAGAGAGAGAGAGAGAGAGAGAGAGAAUGUACUCUCCCCCUUCUUCCUAGCAGCAGUGGCUUGUGCUCACCGGCAUACUCAAGGAACUCAAGCUGAGGAGGGGGCCCUUCCCAAAGUCUGCAGGGGAAGUGGGCCUUCAAUCCUGGUGUCUAUUUAUUGUUGUUGUCUGUUCCAGGCAGGGGCAUAGGAAUGUGAAUGAAUAUAUACACCCGUCCACUCACCCCACCCCGCACCACUCCAGCCUGAUCUUCCUGUCUCUCUACUCUGUCCCCAGUAGGUCCAUGGGGGUAGGAGUGGGGUGGGCAUCUCGUCUUGCCUCCGUUACCACGAAUUGGCCCACCUGGCCCACCUAUCCUGGUAACCCGUUUCCUUUUCCUGCCCUCCCAAGGGUGCUAAAUGCCCGUAGGCACUUUUUAAUUUUUGCAUUGCUGCUACAAAGGUGUACCCAGUUUCAUCUCAUGGUUGUCAGAAGGGGAUUGCUGCUCAAAUUUAUCUCGUUCUGCCCCCGCUGUGCCUCUUCUCAACAAGAGUGGAGGGGGAUGAGGAUGACACAGGUACAAGGGGGACUGGCUUUUCUCCCUCUGCUAUGGACUCUCAGCUCAUGAUGGGAAAUGAGAAGAGAAGCACUGAAUAAAGAGCCAUGCUCCAUCCUUAGCAACUACUUGAACUACUGAGCUCUGAGUUGGGGAUGCCUGUAUACACUGCUGUUGCCUUUACCCAGAAGCAGCCGCAUCUUGGCACAAGUAAUGAGCCCCUUUUAAAAACAGCUUCCCUCUUUUUCUCCCCCUCAACCACCCCACCCCCUGCUGCAGCCAAGAUACAGCUCCCUUUCCCUCCAGAGAGAAGGGCCUGGAAUUAUGAAGCGAGAAAUUAUGUGGAGGGAUCCCCAAAAUUCUCAGUGCUGGCAUGAAGCUCCCUCCAAGGCUAAACCUGGCCCAGUGCUGGGAUAAAACUGUAUAUUGGUGGAGCAUGGACUCUCCCUCUCUCUCUCUCUGGAGCAGGGAGUCAGGAUUUCGGGUGUGAAAUGCUCAAACUGGAAGGGGGAGAUCUCAGCCUGGGCUAGGCAAUAGAACUCUGGACUUUUACAAUAUGGCACACAGACACCCUCUGACCCCACCCCUCCCGUCAAGACUACUGUAAUAUAAGAGUUGUAUUUUCUGUGUAUAUCUGUGCUGUGGAAUCUUGUGUAAAUUGAAUUUCUUUUUCGACCGCCGUUACAAGUUCUCUGUUAAUUUAAAAAUGUGUCCUUUACCCCCAUCCCUCUCCCCUGCACACCCAUAAUUUUCAUUUGAUGUUUAUAUUUUCUGCCUUCUGUUUUUUCCCCCACCGCCCUGGGGAGGGUGUGCGGAGGUGAGGGGCAAACCAAAGGGGUGUGUUUUGCAUGAGAGUGGGGAGGGGAGAAGAAAAAAUACAACCUUGACAAAAAAUUUAAAAAAUCAUUCUAUCAGGGAGAUUGUGAGGGGCAAGCAGGAAGCUGAGGUGGAAGAGGAGAAAGAUCUUCUGCUCCCCUCAACUCCAGUUUGCCUCAAGGUGAGGGGAAGAGUGAGGGGCAGAAGUGAAGUGAGUGAUAGGAAAUGUUAAAAAAAAAAACAAAAGAAAAAGAAAAAAGUUUGAAAAGAUUUUCUAGAAUCUCCAGAUUUUUGUUUAAUUCAACAGCAAGCGCUCUCUUCUGAACACCAAGAAAUAUUGGCUGAAGGAUCUUUCUCUUAUUAGACAAUACUCUCUGUCACAGUCUUUAAAAGGCCCAAUUUAAAAAAAAUUCUAGUCCAGAUGUGGGGAUCCUUUGCUGAACUACAAUUCUCAUCAUCCCUGGCCAUUGGCCAUGCUGAAAUCCUAAAUGUACUUACCAAAGAGUAAGACCCAUUUAAUUCAGUGCAAUCCUAAUCAUAUCUCUUCAGAAGCAAGUCCUGAUAGCAGCCACUUUUUCUUCCUUGCAACACCACCGUUGUGCCUGCAUUGUAAUAUUUACUGCUGCAGUCCCAACAAUGACAAUAUUGCUGUUGUGUGGGGGACUUAGUCAGUAUCCUAACUCUUGGCUAUAACCUGUAUUUGGUUGCCUAAUAAAUUUGAUUGAUUGGUAUCCUAACCCCAGCUACCAUAACGACCAUAGGAUUGCACUGUACUAAAAAAAACCCCUAAAAUGGGACUUUAUGUCUGGGAGCUGGUUCAGUUCUCUGUGGCUCCCACUGAGUACUAUGCAUUCUGGGUUGCAUUCUAGGACACAGUCGAGGGUACAAAAGCCCCUGGAUUGAACCCCUCCCUUGUGUUCCUGAACCAACCUCUGUAUUUCCUCCCCUAUCAAUGAAUAGUUGCUUUUCCUUCCUAUUGGAAAAUUUAGAGUCAACAUAGAAACAGGAGCAGAAACUGCACUCCACAGUACACAGAUAUGCUUUGCAAAAAAUAACAGUAAAAAUCCACCCCUGGUCUACCUGCAACAGAGGCCCUCCCUUUGCCACCACUUCUCCCAUUAUAGCAAAUAUGAGGUUACUAGGGGUGUGUUUGCCCAAUCCAUAGUGAGUCUGCUGAGUCCAUCUAGCAUCAAGGAUGCAUCUGCUUGGUUUUGCAGCAUCAAGGCAACUAACUGCAGAAGCCCACAUUUCUCACAGGCUGUUUUAGCCAAGACCAAGCACAGUUCUCACCACAAAGAGAGGCUACCCACUGCAGCAUGGUCACCCUCCACCCCAUUCCUUACACUAGGUGUGGUGAACUUUUGGCCCUUCUGAUGUUGCUGAACUACAGCUUCCAUCAUCCCUAGUCCUAUUUGCUAGUGCUGAUGGGAGUUGUAGUUCAGCAAUGUCUGGAGGGCUUACACAAAUCCAGGAUUGAGUGGAGACUAAACAAGGGAGGGAGAGCAAGAUAACUUGCAGCCAGGUCUAGGAUUGUUCCGACUGUCUUUUCCUCUAUGUAGACAUCACCAUCUGGGCACCAAGACCGGCCUGUGUGAACUGGCAUGACCACAAAGAGGAAUGUGUUCACUUCCUAUGCAAACAGUUCAAGCUAGAACGGUGGUGCAUUCACAUUUGCCUUUUCAAACAGCUGUAAUUUACUCCUAUAUUUUCAGCAGUAAAGUACCUAACUUCUGUAAUAUUUGCACUGCCACCACUAGGGGGAGUAAACUACUUAUUUCUCCUCACCUCAUGAGAGAAAAAUAGUGGUUAUCCCAUACUUAUUCUGCUUUGCUUCAGUAAAGAAAUAUGCUGCCUUUGAAAAAGACAUUCUAUAUGACUAUUUAUGUCUGAGAGGGCAGAAAUUGUAACUGCUUCUGAAUUGUUUGCAUUGUCUCUUUCAAACAGCAGCAAAAUCAUUUCUCAGUCUUCCAGUAGUAAUUUAUUACCAAACUACUUCUCAGGUAAGAGUGAGCCAAACUGUGAUAGUAUCACAUCCAGCAAUUGACUCACCAGGAAAAUACCUGUGGAGGCAUUCAGUAUGUCUCAAAUUUAAAAGGUGUCAAUUUUUAUUAUCUCAGGGUGAUUUUUUUAAAACCCACCAGGGAAAUGACAUUAAAGAAUCAAGCCAUUAAAAAGGGGAGAGUUGAAGGAGGAAAAUAUUUAUAGAAUUGUAGAAUAGUAGAGCUGGAAGGGGUCUCUAAGGCCAUUGAGUCCAACCCCCUGCUCAAUGUAGGAAUCCAAAUAAAAGCAUACCCAACAGGUGGCUGCCCAGCUGCUUCAGUGUUGGAGAGUGACCACCUGGAAAGCAUUGAAUGUCCCAGUCGGUAAUGCAUUGGCCACUUUUGUGUUUAGUGUGUAGAUGAACAUUAUGAGAUUUUAACAAGGAUGUAACAUUCUAUGAUGUGCUGUCUGGAACUACAGUUCAGAAUUCCACUCCAGAUUAUUGUGGGAUAGCAAUGUCUGAGCAACACUAAAGGGAUCUAGGGUGGACAGAAUCCAUGUGGCAGGUCCAAGGAAAGGAAAUAAAAGAUAUAAAUACUGGGGCAGGGAACAUAUGUGGGGGGAAGGUGGAUUAAUUACAACCUGUGAAAGACCUGAAGAAAUAUCAGCCAAAUUUCCCACUUAACUUGGCCAUGGGCAAAGGCUUUAAAGAAAACUGUAGCCAUGUCAGGAGCAAAAAAAAAAGGGGUUUAUUCUCCAUGGAAACAAGACAAAGCGAUGGCUAUAAAUUAAGAAUAAAAAAGGCAGCUGGGGAGGAGUAUCCAUGACAGGAGAGGGGAGAGAUAGGGGUUUGAUUUGAGCCAAAGUAGGAGAAUCCCAAACAAUGAAGUCAUGAUAAGAAACCAGAGAGGAGAGGAGAGCCUUUCACAUGCAGUUCUGUUUCAGAUUUUGUUUUCACAGGGUUUGCUCCUAGAAGCAACAGGCGCCAUCGCUACCCCCUGCAACCAGCUGUAUCUUACUUGUGCUUUUAGGGCACUUCCAGACUCACUGUCACUAUUUUGAGGUGGGAUUCAAUCACAUUCCGGCAAAUUCAGGUUGCACCAUUUGAGCUGACUGGGAGCAAUGAACCCACUUCCCCCAAAGAAUGGACUUUUGGCAGUAAUGGGAAAAUGCCCAGGGAAGUGUUGGAUAACACUUGCUUUGAUGCAAAUUACUACAGAAUAAACACUCAUUAAAUAGGUCGUCUUGAGAGCCAGUGUGGCAUAGUGGUUUGAGUGUUGGACUAUGACCUGGGAGACCAGGGUUUGAAUCCCCACACGGCCAUGAAGCUCACUGGGUGACCUUGGGCCAGUCACUGCCUCUCAGCCUCAGAGGGAGGCAAUAGUAAACCACCUCUGAAUACCGCUUACAAUGAAAACCCUAUUCCUAGGGUCACCAUAAGUCGAGAUCAACUUGAAGGCAGUCCAUUUCCAUUUUCAAAUAGGUUGUCUGGAAGGGCCAAUAAUCUUUUGCCUAAGAGGAACUACCAAUUAUCCCUAGCCAGAUUCUAUUUCAUUUCUUCCUCCUCUGUGCAGCAAUUGUGUCCUUCUGUAGCUUUAAAUACAGAUCUCUAGGACAGGGGUAGCAAGUAUGGUGUUCUCCAGAUGUUGCUGGAUUACAGCUCCCAUCAUCCCUGACUAUUGGCCAUGUUGGCUGAGGCUGAUGGGACCAACAUCUGGAGGACAGCAGGUUCCUUGUCCCUGCAGUACAGCAUAAUUCAAACACCUAUUAAAAUUCCCUGUUAACUUAUUAAAUGUACAGGAGCCUAACUAAUAUGUUACAUCAUUAAAACUGCUUUCAGGGUUUUGUUUCGUUUUUAGCAAAGACCAGUGUAGCUUAUGGCUAUGGCCACAAUAACUGCUUAGCAGAAAGGAACUGUGGUAACUGUUCUAUGAAGACAUGACAAUCCUGGAUGGGCUCUUUGGCAUCUUUAUAAAAACCACAAAGCCCAGAAUUCCUUGGUGAGGAAAUUGCAGUCAAGCUGGUGUUGAAGCCAGUUGUAGUGCAGGUUAAAAGCUGGUUCACACAGGUACAUUUAUCCCUUGAUGACUGCAGUUGUCAAGUGACAACACCCACCUAUGAAUAAGCCAUUUCCACCGAUCAAGCUUCCAAAAGCUGUCAGACACAAAUGUUUUCAAGGAAAAACAUUUGGAAGAUUGAUCAGUUCAUGAUUCUGCAGUAAGUAAUCAAGAUGUGCAAGAUCACAUUAUAAUUGAGCCUAGCCUAUUCAGUUAAGGCAGGGGGGGACCCUGUGGCCCUCCAGAUGUUGCUGGAUUCCAGUUCCCAUCAGCCCCAGCCAACAUAGCUAAUAAUCAGGGAUGAUGGGAAUUGGAGUCCAACAACAACUAGAGAGCCAUCGAUUCCUAACCCAGUGAGCUGAGACAUGAGCAGCAGACCUAUUGCUCAGGAACAAGCCACAAGUGUGAUCAAGUUCAAAAUGAUUCAGAGGCUGGGGACACAUGGAUCACUGAGGCAUUAGUUAUUCCUUGCCCCAAUGUACAUUAGCCCCAUAAAUGUUGAUUCCCCUCCCUGCCCAACAGGCUUCAGCCUGCAUGGGGUGGCUUCCCUGCUAACUACAUAUGCCAAACUAGGUUAAAACUGCCAGUUCUAAAAUUGUGAGUCUUCCAACAGGUUUUUUUUUUAUUAAUAGUAGCUACGAGAGGCAGAAAUUGGGAGCAGGAGGUCAGGUAAAGAUGACCUCUUAACCCUUUCCUUUCUUGCCAUUUGGUGUCCUCUCAAAAUCAACCCCCAGCUGAUUUUCCAAAUGUCUGGGAUAAAUAGAACUCUGUAUCUUUCUCUCACCCAGCAGAAGAAAGACAACCAGGGGGAGAUUUAUGAAAGGACAAGGAAGCAGGGAAAGGACUGUUGAAAGGAAGAAUUAUGGAAUCUCUCAUCACAUGUAGUUUGGCAUAAAAAUCAAGGGUCACCUGCUUCCCCCCCCGCCCUCCUAGUUUUGGCUUCUCCACUAGGGGUGCUUCAAUGCUCCUGCUGCUCAAAGAUGUUGGCAAAUGUCCUGAAAGAGAAAGAGAAUAAAGGUUUGAAUUCUGGAUGUCAAUAGCUCCCCCACUAAAUUAUUAUUUCUGUACCUCUCAAUAUGGGCUUUAUUAUAAUCUUUAUUUCUGGUUAACACGCAUAUCUAGCACUUUCUCCAAAGAGGUCAGAGCUGUGUCUCCUUUCUAGACAGAUGCUUGUCCUAGAUCCGUAUGUCUUGAAAGGUCUCAUAUUAUUUCUGUUUCACAGAUGAGGAAAACAGAGCUGGGAGAUAAGUUUACCCAACUUUACCUAGCAAGCUGAAACAAGAUUUGAACUGAAGGCUCAAGUCUAACAUUUAAGUUGCAAGAUCUCUGCUGGAUCUUGGCUGUCCUCCCUCCAGAGGCAGAGGCUACUAGGGCCCCGGCAUUCCUGGAGCCGGCCCUGGCUACUACACUAGGGCCACAUCCACACCAGGCAUUUAUUCCACUGUAAACGGUUGUGGCUUCCCCUCAAGAAUCCUGGGAAGUAUAGUUUGUAAAGGGUGCUGAGACUUGUUAGAGCGUUAUUCCCUCACAGAGCUCCAAUUCCCAGAAUUCUCUGGGAAGAGGGGCUGACUGUUAAAACAUUCUGGCCAUUGGAGCUCUGUCAGGGGAAUUGGAGUCUCCCAAUAACACUUAGCACUCUUCACAAACUACACUUCCCAGGAUUAUUUGGGGGAAGCCAUGACUGCUUAAAGUGGAAUAAAUGUCUGGAGCAGGUGUGUGAUUUGGAGUCCAGUUGCUGCCUCUCCCUAGGAUUAGACACUGAAAGAGAUGGAGGGCUGUUACUUACUGAAAUAAGGCUCCAGUUAAUUCGUCUACAAUGCUCCCUGCAGAACAUAAAAUAGAACAAAUCAUUUUUGUUGUUUCUAAGGCAUAUACCAUCUGUUCAUCCUGAGCUUACA